AUGAAAAUGUUCUCCAUCUUCAACCUGUUCGAGAUUUUCGCAAGAAAAACAGUUAACAAUAGGAUGAUGAUUGUCAGAUACCUAGACUCUAUUGUAAAGUCAUGUCCUCCAUCUCUGGAUGACAAUUUCUGUAAUAAGCUAUCUAGACUGUUCAUGUUUCACGACAUGUUUGGAGAAGUCUGGAAGAUUCUAGAUCUAUUUUUUGGGCAGGAUUAUGACGGGAUAGUGCAGCUGUGGGAGAUCCGAAGGAUGAAAAAGAGCAUAGAAAGACAGGUAAGUGACACAAUAUAUGAGUGGGAAAAUUCCGUGCUUUCUGAUGGAUUUUCCUGGGGAAGAAUAGUGAGCAUUAGUAGGGAAGCCGAUGGAAACAGGAAGUUCAAGGUGUCACCUGAGCCUACCAUUCUAAAGAGGCUGGAUGAGUACAUGACUAUUGUAUCUCUGGAGGGUGUUAGGUCUCGGAUUUCUCAACCUAUCCAUGAGACAAUGGCUUUAGCAUUAGAGGCUAGAUCUAUUUACACAAGAAUUGAUGAUGGAUGCAGGAGAAUCAACAGGAUAUUGGAGGAUGUGCGUGAAGACCUAGAUCUGUUUCACAAGGAGAUAGAUUUGGUGUUUGGAUCAAUGGAAAAGAUCUUGAUGCUGCGAUGGAAGGAUGCAAAGGACUUCCAAGACAUAGAAGAGAUCGACGACAGAGUUCGGGAGCUUGAGAACAGGGUUUACACCUACAGAUUCCUUUUAAAAAAGAUAGCCAAGGAGGAAAUGAAAGCAAUAUUUUCCAAACAAAUCCAGAAGCAGAUGCUGUUUUCUCUCGACAGCGAGACUUACUUGGAGUUUUUUAAGUUUUACGAAAAGAGCAUUGUAGUGCGAGGGAUAAAUAGGUCUAUGAGCAGAGUGUUCCUACAAUAUCUUGAAUCUGUACUGGAGGCCUUAGAAGCAGGAGACAGCAGUCUGUUUUCCUCAAAACAUAGGCUUAAGAAAGAAAUUGUAAAGAUCGAAGGAUGUGGGAAUGGUGUGGAGCAUUGUUUUGAACCUCCUCUUUCUGAGUACUUUAAGAUUUUGGAGAAGAUAUUUCCUUCGGAAGGAGAAGGAUAUUUCUUUGAAAAGGUUCUUCAAAGGCUCAGGCCAGGCCAGGAAAUAAGGUCUAAAGUGGAAAAAAUAAUUGGAAUGGUUGUGGCAAAUUAUGAAACCUGCACAAGAAUAUUGGAGUUGAUUCCGACUUGGGACCUUCCUUUGGGGCUUUACGAAAGGUUUCUGAGAGUCCGGGAUUCGCAAAGAAGUGUCGAGAUGUUUGUUAAGAAUACAAUUCCAUUUUUUACCUUUGAACAUACUAUGGAUGCUUCAGAACAAGCGAGGUUGUUUGAGACGGUAUGCGAUGAAGUUUGCAGGUUUGUAAGUGCAGAAAACUCCAGAGUCUACGAUAUGCUAGCUGCAAGGAAGGAUAUGGUUGGGGGCAUGGGAGAUUCUGGAUCCCAAGAAAGCAGUAUGGAGAGAAGAGAUCUGCUUGAGGGAAUAUCCAAUUCCAUACUGGUUGAUGAAUAUCUCCGGUCCGAGGAAUUUCGAAUUCUUGAAGAGUUGAAUGGGGCCGUCAUUGAGUAUGGACUGGAAAGACCAAGCGUGGCCAUUGAGACUGUCCGGAGUGAAAGGGAUAGUGCUCUAGAAGCAAACAGGGAAGCCUUGAACUUAUUUCUAAAUGAUAUUCCGUUUGGCAUCAUAAAGUCAAGACGAGAGGCCUUGGUCUCUGAGAUUCGAGAUUUUGGGGAAAAGAUAGACAAUGCAGCCAAGGAAAGAGACGGACUAAUGUUUUGGCCUAUGUUUAAAUCUCUUAAGACAAGAUACGAAGAGCUUGAAGAGAAAAUCAAAAGAUUCAACAAGAUUCUUGGUAUUGUGGAUUAUCCUUUGAUUUGCAGUUCCUUACAAGAAAGAAUAGGAGGAUUGGAUGCUGAGUGGGCCACCUUUAGUAGGUUUGAGACUAUCCUCAAGAAGUAUGAGUCCCAAAAAGUAUGUGAUGUAGAUGUGGAGCAACUUUCCUCUUUUCUAAAGUCCAUUGAUGUAUCUCUAUUCCAUGCAGAAUAUUAUAAGGAGUUUCAGAGUAAGAUAAAAUACUAUAUAUCUGGGUUGGAUUGUCUACAGCAUACAAAAAGUCCCUAUGUAAAAAAGAAGUACUUUGACACAGAGAUGGAGACAAAGGAAUUUUUUCUUCUACAGGAUAAAGAUGAGGUAGAAAAGAGGCUAGCCGAUUCAAGGAUGGAGUAUGAGGUUGAAAGGUAUAUAGAGAGGGCUAGGGCUGAAAUAUUCUUAGUGAGUUUGAAGGUGAGGCAUCUUCGGAAGGAGGAAGUAGUUAUACCAGACUUGAGCCAAGUUGAGGAGAGAGUUAAUAAGCUUCUUGUGGAGCAUGACUCAAUAUCGAGGUUCAAUGAAAAGAACUUCUUUAUAGAGGAGCUUAAUGGGAUUAAGGAGCGCAUGGACGAUUGUCUCAGCUUUCUGGCUUGUCUUGAAGAGGUCCAGAGAGGAAUAAGGGAGUUCGCAAAUGUUUUUUCCACUGAUGGAUUAGACUUUGAAGCUAAGAAAUACUCCAUGAUAAAAAAAAGAUUCCUGGACGUCUUGAAUAGAUUUAGCACUCCAAGUUCUUCCAGUGGAUGGGAGGUUAAGCUUGGGGCUCUUUUACCUCAUAAAGAUGAGUUUCUCGGUAUGAAGAAAGACUUUGACGAUAUAUCGAAAGGUCUCAAAGUAUUCCUUAGGAGAUGUAGGGAAAGAACACCUAGGCUUUAUCUUGUUUCGGACAUCGAUCUUAUACGGGGGCUGAAUAGUAGAUCCUAUUAUGUGGAGAUGUUGGGAAUGAUGUUCAACAUAGAUGGUGUUAUUGUCGAAAACGGCAGUAUUUUGGGAUUUGAAGGUAACGGGGAGACAGUGAUGCUUCGCCAGAAGGUACAGAUUGACCAAGAUAUUGGAGGGUUUAUGGAUACAUUUGAAGAAGAGGUCAAGAGAACCCUCAAAUCCUGGUUCCACGAUGGUCUGGAGAGUCUCAAAGAGGGAUGUCCGUCAAUUAUUUCCGAUUUGAUUUCCGAGUUUAAGUACUUCAACAAAAGAGAUUUUGAAAUGACUCCAAAGCUUAGAGUACUAGAAAGGGAGAUUGAGAAGCAUCCGAAUGGAGUGAUAAGGCUAUAUCCAAAACCUGUACUGAAGAGUGGGGAGCUCUUUAUGGAUUCCACUGAAGAGAUAGAGUAUGGUUUUGAAUACUACCCACCGGUAGACAUUGUAUUUACACCCUUAGUAUGUAGGGUACUUUCAAGUAUAGCCAUUUCGCUAAAAAGUUUAUGUGGGGUGAUUCUGUAUGGAAGAAGCGGAACAGGAAAGACAGAGUCGGUGAAAUACUACUGUAGGCUUAUUGGAAAGCCUGUUUUUGUUUUUUGCUGCAACGAAGGGUGUGAGCUUGAAACCUUAAGAAAUGUUAUUUCGGGGGCAGUUCUUACAGGGUCUUACUUAUGUUUUGACGAGUUCAAUCGACUGAGUGAAGAGAUAAUGAGUGGGGCGACUGAGCUGAUUCUCCUUAACAAAAAUAAGACAAAGUUCUUCCUUACGAUGAACAUAGGAUAUAAGGGUCGGUACAGGAUGCCUAGAAGCCUAAGAGCCAUACUCGGGGAAACAAGAAUAGAUGCACCAGACAUAAAAGACAUUAUAGACUACUAUUGUAAAGAAAGUUCGGAAAAGAUCUACAGGCUAAUGAGGGAAGUGGAGUCCAAGGCAAGUAAGCAGGAUCAUUAUGAUUUUGGGUUAAGAGCAGUAAGAACGAUCACAAAGGGAAGAGAAGAGGCGGAGAUUAUGAGAUCGGCAAUCUACUUUUAUAUGGCCUGUCUUGGGCGGGAAGACAAAGCUAUAUUUGUUAAAGAAUUUGAGAAGAUUUUUGAAAGGAAAGUGGAGCAGAACCUAGCACACAAAGACAUGCUACUAUAUGGGUUGGAGAACAGGAGAGGAGCUCUUGUCAUAGGAGGGAAUGGGGCUGGGAAGAGUACAUUGAUAAAAUUAGCAAGAGAGUCCAGAGGAGCGAUGUGCUUUUACUACAACCCGAGAAAUAUAGGGAAGAUAUUUGGAUUCCAAGACAAGGUUACUGGAGAGUGGAAAGAUAGCAAGUUUGUUCGAGAUCUAAGAAGGAACAUGGACAGUAGCAAGGAAUGCUGGUUUGUAUUUGAUGGGAUUGCAGAGUCCUUCUGGAUUGAAGAUUUCAACUCUAUAUUAGACGAAAAUAAGUUACUAUGCCUGAGUUCCGGAGAAAGAAUUAGGAUUCCAGACCACUAUAGGUUUGUGUUUGAAAGCACGUCUAUGGAGAAUAUAACACCUGCCACCCUAACCAGGGUGUUUCUUGUUCACAUGGAAGAGGACGAUCUUUACCAGAUAGGGAAUCUCCAAAACACUGUUGGGACUGGUAUGGACAUAAGAUACGAUGGAAGAAAGGUACCUGUGUUCCCAUUUAGAGGUUUGGUGGUAACAGAAGAACAGAGCUUUUAUGCAAGGGCAAUGGAAGCACUAGUAAAAGACGGUUCAAAAGUCUUUUUCAUGCGAGGAGAAGUAGGAGUUGGGAAGAGGUCGUUGGUUGAAGAGGUUUUUAAGGAGAAGGUUGUUGUGAUUGAGGGAAACGGAUUUGAGACCUCGAUGAUCGCUCAAAGUCUUGGGGAAGACAAGAUAAAGAGAGUAGGAGAAGAGAAGAUAUAUGAUUUAAGAUCGGUGGUUUACAUUGAGGGUUUUGACUGUAGGAAUGUAAGUCUGGUGGAGGCAGUUAGGGAAUAUAACGAGUGUGGAAGAAUUGGAGAGAUAGAGGUAAAGAACAUGGUUUUAAUAUGUGGAAUCAAUGAAAAGAAAGGGAAUGAUGCAAUUCGGAACACGGCAGCAGAAAGACUGAGAAGAAAGAUAAAGUCUAUAUUUGUGGAAGAGCCGAGAGAUACGGAACUUCUUUUUGAGUCGGAAAUCAGAAAAAGAUUUGAAGCAACGAAGCAUUUCCAGGACUACAAAAGGGUCUUACAGGUGGUGGAGUUUAUCUACAAAAACUUCAAAGUCAACCUGAAGGAAAUCACCAGCUUUAUCAGGACACUAGGGGAUCUGUGUAUGGAGGAGGGAGAUUUGGUUGAUCUGAUGUACUUUGAAGCAAAGAUUUACUUUGGAGAAUCAAAGGAUUUGGAAGAAGAGAUGCAAAGGGCUUUUGGAAGACGUCCUGAAGAGAUUGAGUUUAAUCUUGAGACUAGAAGGUUCAGAAGGGCAAAGAGAUGCAGCGAUAUUUCCUACGUAGGGUCUAUUUUCCACAGAGGGUACAAUCUUGUGAUUGAAGGAGGUAGGAUGUCAGGAAAGCAUUGGGUGGUGAGAGAGUGUAUGAGACAGAUGAAGGAAAAUGUAAGGAUAGUUAGUAAUGAGGACGAAAAGAAGAUUGAUGGGCAAACUGCUUUUCUUGUAGAGGAUGUGUCUUCUCUAAGGAAAGAUAUAUCCAACCAAUGUAUGAUUUUCAAGCUGAAGAGAACAGCUUAUUAUUCUCUGGACCUACUUAAGAUCUAUAAUAUGGUGAGAAGCAAAGACAUAUCCGAUCUGGAUAUGGUAAAAGAAUGCUUUACAACAAAUGUUGGUAUCAACAUUGACUUGGAAAAUGAAGGGAUUCCUUCGGAAACAUCUUCCUUGGCAAUGGGAGUCGAGGAAGAUGGACAUCCAUGGGAAUGCCAGCAUCCCAAUGUGGUGACAACUGGUUUCCUCUGUAAAGCAAUUGGGUUCGGAAUGAGCUUUGCAAGGAUUGCAAGAGAGUUCAAGGAAAAGGAAUCUAGAAGAAGGAAAUUCCUGAUAGGGGGGCUGCAGAAGAUUGAGGACUUCGGAAAGGAGGCACUAGCCCUAGGGCUUGAAUCUUCUCGAAAGAAAAAGGAUCUGGAAAAGCUCACGGACAGGCUAGACGGGCAGCUCGAAAAGAUCAUCAAUACCCAGAAACAGUUAGAAAGGGAGAAAGGAGCAAUCGGAAACAGGAAGAGAGAAAUAGAAGGAGCGUUGAUGAUGAAUCAGAAGAAACAGGAGGUGAUAGACAAAAGGCUUAGAGUGGCAAAGACAUUACUAUCUGAGUCUAGAAGAAGUAUAGAGGAACUGCCGAAGAGUAGCUUGUCGGAGAUCAGAGUGAUGAUCAACCCGCCUGAAAUAGUUAGAAACACUGUAGAGGCAGUGUAUUGGAUUGUGGAAGGAGAGACAAAGGGAGGGAGCAUUGAAUGGAAACAAUUGAUCCAGUUUAUGAAAAGAGAGGAUUUUGUUUCUAAGGUUCUGAACUGCAGGAGUACAAAAGUACCUGAUGUUCUCGAGAAUAUGAUAUCGAAUCCUCUGUUCAGCUAUGAAAAGGCACAGAAGGCAAGUAGUGCUUGCGGGCCACUCUUUAUGUGGGUGAUGGCGAGAUAUAAAUAUGCCAAGACUAUGGAGGAGAUUUCUCCUCUGGAUCAAGAGAUAGCAGUGCUUGGGAAGGAGGUUGAAAAGAGCAGGAAGGAAAUAGAGGAGGAGGAAAAGAAGCUUUUACAGAUUGAAAAGAAAAUUGAGGCAAUGAAAGACGAAUAUAAUGCAUCGGUUCUUAAGCUUGAGUCUAUAAAGAAGGAAAUCAAGUCGGCAGAUGAAAGAGCUCUCCUGAUGGAUAAGAUUGUAAGAGAGCUAUCUGAUGAGGUGGAGAAAUGGAGAAGAAUGAAAUACUUGUGUCCUAUAAAGUAUAUUCUCUCGAGCACCGACUGGGUUCUUCAUUGCAAAAGAAACGGAUUUGUUCAUAGCAGUGGCAUUUCGGCUCUUACCAGGGCAAGAAGGUUUAUCUCGACCAGCCUUGAAGAUAAAAACUACAAGCAGGUAUUGUCCAACUGCAGCUACUAUGGGAACGAUGUCAUUGUUUAUGGAUGCGAUCGGUUUGACAAGGACGUGUAUAGAGCUCUCAAACGGCAGAUGGACAAUCCACAAUACUCUAUUAUACUGGUAUCGAGCACAAAGACAAAUCCUUACAAGGAAUAUACAUACAACUGUAGUUUUGUAGAGAGAUUUGAGACAGAGGAGUCAGGGAAUCUAGAGCGGUUGGAGGAGAGACUUCUUGAACUGAUAGUUGAACAUGCACCGCUCAAUGAAGUCUACGAGCAUAAAAAGAAAUUGGAGAAGGAAAGAAGCAUCAGCAAACAGCAUAGCAAAAAGAGAGAGGUAUAUGAAAUUCUUAAUCUAGUGUUUGGUAGAAAGAGUAAAAUCUUCUUUGAAGCGUAUGGAGUACAUCUUUCUUUCAGGAUUUAUAGGGAGUAUGUGGAGAACGUGAUAUAUCCCAUUCUUGAAAGUAGAUUGUGCAGGGACAACUUCGAGAAUAUGUGGGCUGGUAUGGUAGAUGCGGAUAUGAACUUGGUAAGAGAUGUGAUUUCGAGGAGUGUAGAUUCCUUUUACUCAAGCACAUUUCCAGACACCAAAGAUGAAUAUGAAGGCUUAAUUCAUGAAAUGUCAAGGCAUCCGUUUGACUACACUCUUAUAAUUGCUUGCGAUAUCGCAACACACAUUAUCGAAGAAAAGAUGGCGAUAACGGCUGUGAUAUCGGCAGGGCCCAAGGAAAACAAUGAGAAGAUCUACAGGAUGUUGGAAGAGGAGUCUCAGGAAGACAGAACCUACUUGAUAAAAAACAUACAUUUCCUGGGAAGCUGUAAGAAAUCUGGAAAUAGCAGGCUGAUACUCACGAUUGAGGAAGGGAAAAAACACUCUUUGAUGGAGGAUACCAAGGUUGUUUAUUGUAAAGGCUAUGGAACACAGGAGGGGACUGCCAUUGCAUCUUUUUCUGGAGGAGAUGAAGAUCUGGUGAAAUUCCAUGUGGAAAUGUCCAACAGGAAUAGCCAAUUCGGCCUAAAAGAUCUUAUGCUCUGUGCCGAGAACAUGGGGCACUGCGACAGGGAAUACUUGAAGACUAUUGUGUACGGAAGUAGGCUUGAUGUGUAA